AUGUCUGCCAGACUUCCCACCCCCCUCAAGCACCACCGGCGGGCUGACGCAGCCCCGUUUCCCAAUACCGCCCGAGAGCUCUACGUUGAGCUGGCCAGCAUGAUUGCCCUGCCAUGCCCCGAGCCCGUCCUGCCGGGCAGUGUUGCAUACAAAAUGCAGCGACUUGUGGUGGAGCUCGUCAGUGCGCUGUGUAUCAACGCCAAGAUGUUCGAGAUGUCGCACACAGCGCCAGUGACGACCUGGCCUUCGCCGCCGCCGCUGACGCAAGGCGCAGGUUCUUGCGAACACACCCAGGCUCCUCCCAGCGAGCAAUACAAGAACGGAAAAUAUACCGACAUGACCGACGAUGAGCUUGACACCAUCAUGGUCGCCACGGAGAAUACCAGGCGUGAACUCCCCGUGCAACCUCUCGCCCACAUCCAUCGGCUCCACGAGGAAUUCACCGUGUCGUGCAUCGACCGUGUGGACCAUGGCCAGCGGGAGUUCUUCACCGUGGCGCACUUCGUGAACUAUCUGUCCGAGUGCUCGCGCGUGCUCUUGAGCUUCAAGGACGCGCUGUGUGACUUCAACGACGUGGCCGGGGAGCUGUACGCCGAGAACAAGCGCCGCAAGACACUCAAACGACGCACCCCGGCUGUCGAGACCGAUGCAAUUCAGACCACCGGGAGUCUGUGCCCGGCCGAGGAGCAGAUGUGCAAGGCGGCGGAAAGGUUGCUCCAGAACAAGAAGGAAGAUGCCGAUCUACUGGAGCUAACGGAGAAAAGAAAGACGCGAGAGGCCGCCCCUCCCGGCGGCGAGAACCAGUGA